CGAGCCGGCGCUGAGCGGGGCCGCAGGGCAGCAUGGAGGAGCCCGCGCCGCGGCACCUGUCGCUGCCCUCCAGGCUGCUGGAGCUGUGCGCGCUGCUGGGGGCCUCCCGGGACAGUCUCCGCGGCGCGGAGCAGGUUGCCCAGAAGAAAGGAGUCAGAAAUCCUUCUGUCGACCCAGAGGUCCUGUCGGUUUUCGUGCCUCCGUUUGUCAGUAAGGAUGAGAGUCGAGCAGCCACUGCUGACUGCACUGCUCCAUGUAAGUCCAGACGACGCUCGUUCAGGAAGAAGAGGGAGAAACCCAGACCGGAGCACUGGAAGGGCGUCGCAGGGGACCCUGAGGAUGUUAGCAUCCCCAAUGACGUGGACCUGCUGGCCCUGCCCCAGCUCUGCUUCCCAGGAGGCGUGUGUGUGGCCUCGGAGCCAGAGGAGGACCGUGUCCACUUUCUGGUCCUGACGGACGUCUGUGGAAACAGGACGUACGGUGUGGUCGCCCAGUACUACCGACCACUGCACGAUGAGUACUGCUUCUACAAUGGCAAAGCGCACUGGGAGUCAUCCCUGCAGACCGUGAGCAUGGCCGGCUGCUUCGUGCCCUUUGCGGUGUGUGUCAUCUCCCGGUACCCGUAUUACAACGCCCUCAAAGACUGCCUCUCCUGUUUAUUGACCCACCUGAAGCUCUGUAAAGAUUUUGAAGUUGAUGAUCAUAUAAAAGAAUUUGCUGCAAAACUGUCUUUAAUACCUAGCCCACCACCGGGACCGCUCCAUCUGAUAUUUAACAUGAAACCACUGCAGAUUGUAUUUCCUUCACGAGUGGAUCCCGAAAGCCCAAUCAUUGACUUGGACCUUCACCUGCCCUUACUGUGCUUCAGUCCCGAGACGGUGUUACAGGUCCUCACGUGCAUGCUCACCGAGCAGCGGAUGGUAUUCUUCUCCUCUGACUGGGCCCUGCUGACGCUCGUGGCCGAGUGCUUCCUGGUCUACCUGCACCCACUGCAGUGGCAGCACACCUUCGUGCCCAUCCUGUCAGGCCAGAUGCUGGACUUCAUCAUGGCGCCCACCUCCUUCCUCAUGGGCUGCCACCUCGACCACUUUGAAGAAGUCAGCGAGGAAGCUGAUGGUUUGAUUCUGAUAAAUAUCGACAAUGGAAGUGUCACCUGCUCCAAGCCCUUGGAGGACAGCAUGGACAUUCCCGACGUCCCUCUGCUGGCUGCACAGACGUUCAUUCAGAGGGUCCAAAGCCUUCAGCUGCACCAGGAGCUGGACCUCGCUCACUGCAGCUCCAGCACGGAUCUGAAUGAGGGCCACGGCCGCCGGCACGCCUGGCAGCAGAAACUCAACGGCCAGAUCCAGCAGGUCACUCUCCAGCUGCUUGUCAACAUCUUCAGGGAAGUGAAGAAUCAUUUAAAUUACGAACAUCGAGUAUUUAAUAGCGAAGAAUUUCUCAAAACAAGAGUUCCAGAGGAUCAGCAAUUUUACAAGCAGGUAAGAGGUGUGGGCUGUGCAUGCAGCUUCAGUCCUUUAUGCGUCUCUGUUUCAGACAGCUUUCACAAUAAGGUUCUUCAACAUCGAUGCAUUGCCUUCUCUUUCCCCAGGAUAAACGGGAUGCUCAUCAGUCCCAGGAGACCGACCAUCGAGAAGAUGGCUUUGCGGGGGUCCUCCCCGCUGCACGUGGCUCACAGGCGGAUAGUGGUCAGCAUGCCCAACCUCCAGGACAUUGCCACUCCCGAAGUGCAACCCAGGAACUCCUCGCUCCGGAAGGUGGAUGCUGUGAGCUGUAAAGGCUGCAGCAAAGCUCAGAAUGUGGCCCCUAAAUCAAGCUACACGUUCAAGAUUCCAGAGAUUCACUUUCCGCUGGUGACUCAGUGUGUGGACGCAUACUACACUGACUUCAUCGAGCUCCUGAGUAAGGCCAUGAGCUUCCUGGGCCCGGACAGCUCGGCGCUCCUGGCCCGCUACUUCUACCUCCGAGGGCUCAUUCAGCUGGUGCAGGGCAGGCUGCUCAAUGCCCUCUUAGACUUCCAGAACCUGUAUAAGACCGACAUAAGGAUAUUCCCCGCCGACCUCGUUAAGAGGACAGUGGCAUUGAUGUCUGCCCCCGAGCGUGCCAAGAUCGAGCAGACCCCUGAGCUGAAACGGCUCAUCAACCAGGUGGUGGACAAGCCCGGGGAGGUGGCCAAGGUGGAUGAUCACGUGAAGAACUUCGAGUUGCCCAAGAAGCACCUGCAGCUGGAUGACUUCGUGAAGAGGGUUCAGGAGUCGGGGAUUGUGAAGGACACCGACAUCAUACACCGCCUGUUCGACGCAUUGGCCGUAGGGCACCAGAAACAGAUCGACCCGGAAACAUUCAGGGACUUUUACAACUGCUGGAAGGAGGCGGAGGCCGAGGCACAGGAUGUCAGCUUGCCGUCGCCGGUGAUGGAGCGUCUGGACAAAAACGAGUGUGUCUACAAGCUUUCGAGCUCCGUCAAGACCACCCACGGCGUCGGCAAGAUCGCCAUGACCCAGAAGCGUCUGUUCCUUCUCACAGAAGGGAGACCUGGCUACGUGGAGAUCUCCACCUUCAGAAACAUCGAGGAAGUCAGAAAUACCACCGCAGUCUUUCUGCUCUUGAGAAUUCCCACUUUAAAAAUCAAAAUGGUGUCCAAAAAGGAAGUCUUUGAGGCCAACCUUAAAAGCGAGUGUGACCUUUGGCACCUGAUGGUGAAGGAGAUGUGGGCCGGGAAGAAGCUGGCGGACGACCACAAGGACCCGCAGUACAUCCAGCAGGCGCUGACCACCGUGCUGCUGAUGGACGCCGUGGUCGGCACACUGCAGUCCUCCAAUGCCAUCUGCGCUGCCUCCAAACUGUCUUAUUUUGAUAAGAUGAAGAAUGAAAUGUCCGUCCCGAAAACCACCUCAGAAACACUGAAGCACAAGAUCAAUCCUUCAGCCGGAGAAACUUUUCCACAAGCCAUUGAUGUCCUGUUGUACACGCCAGGACAUCUUGACCCAGCAGAAAAAAUUACAGACGCUCACCCCAAAUUAUGGUGUGCUUUAAGCGAAGGCAAGGUGGUCGUGUUCGAUGCUUCCUCGUGGACGAUUUACCAGCACUGCUUCAAAGUGGGCACGGCUAAAUUGAACUGCAUGGUGAUGGCCGAGCAGAACCAGGUGUGGAUCGGCUCUGAAGACUCCGUCAUCUACAUCAUCAACGUCCACAGCAUGUCCUGCCACAAGCAGCUCACUGACCACCGCGCCAGUGUCGUGGACUUGAUUGUGCAGGGUGGAGAGAAGGCGCCCAGCGAGGUGUACUCGUGCAGCCGGGACGGGAUGGUGCUGGCUUGGAACGUGAGCACGCUGCGGGUCACCAGCAGGUUCCAGCUGCCGGGCUGCACCCUGAUGUCCGCCAGACUCCACCAGGGCUGCCUGUGGUGCUGUACAGGUAACAGCAUCGUGGUGGUGACAACGAAUGGGUGUCUUCGUCAAGAACUGAAAAUUGAAGAGAGCUUUUGCGAGAUGAGCACCUCCUUCCUGGGCUUCCAGCUGAUUCCCGAGCAGGAGCAGCUCUGGGCUGCCUGUGCGGCGUACAGCAAGGUCUACAUCUGGAGCCUGCAGGACCUCGCCCAGGCCCCCCAGAGGAUCCCCCUGCAGGACUGCACUGAGGUCAGCUGCAUGAUCAGGGUCAAGAGGCAGAUCUGGGUGGGCGGCAGGGGGCUGUCACAGGGACAACCCAAAGGGAAAGUCUACGUCAUCGACACCGAGACAAAGACUGUGGAUAAGGAGCUGGUGGCCCACGCAGACGCAGUGACGACUCUGUGCUCAGCCGAAGACCGAUACGUGCUGAGCGGCUCCGGCAGGGAGGAAGGCAAGGUUGCCAUCUGGAAAGUCGAGUGACCGAGGGUAAAUCCACCAGAAGUGGGUUCUGGGCACAAGAACUGCGUGCUGGAGAUGGGCCAGGAUCAGAGCUGAGAGCAGGCUCAGCCGUGGUUCACAAGUUGGGGGGUUGAUACCCGGUGAGGGGGCGCUCACCAUGGCCACUUGGCUGGCGUGGGCCCAGUCUGCUCAGUUACAAAACCGACAACCAUACACUUUCCCUCGGGCUCUUCAGCUCCUAGACGCAGCUAUACUGAAGGCAUUUCAUGUUGGGGUGCUUCGCGGGCGGCAACUAGGUCUCAUUUGGGAUUAACCCCUGCUAAGAAACAGCAGUUACCCUGCGCGCUGUCUAUACAGAGUUCCGGAAUCCACGGCCAGGGAUGCAAACCGGCGCCAGUCAGAUGGUGCUGAACCCGCCGGUGACCUGCGUUCCUCACAGCCCUGGUUUGGCCUCUUCCUCUCCUUCCUUCCGCAAACACAGACUGACCACGGGGUUUCUGGUGGGCCCUGGGUACCCUGUGGGGAGCCCCACAGCCUGCCAGGGGUUUCUUGUCUCCAGUGAGCCUUCCGAGAAGCAGAAGGGGCAUCUUAAGAGAAGCACUUUGGGGUAGAACAGGCUUGUGCCUGCCCAGGCUAUCCCCUCUUGGAGCAAGUGGCCAUGGCUGCCCCGAGGGAGGGGACAGUCCUAUGGUCAGGCUGCCCGGACGGGGGCUGGGCCGGUGGGCAAGCUGUCUCUCUUCUAAUUCAUGCAGCGUGUUUAUAAUGAAAGCUGGAGAGACUGUUUUCUCCCAAAGCUAACAAAGUCAUCUUCCAAAGGCAAAAACCCCACUGAACAUGGCCUGUGUUCCCUAGCUGCCAGUACAGCUGCCACCACAUAUGCUGACUGACCAGAUGUUCACAUACAUUUCAACGCCACUGCGUCCUGUAGACACUGUGGUACUGGGUUAUUUAAACCGAGAAAGAUCCUCUUAGCAAACACCCUCUGCACACUUUUGUUAUGAUAUUGAGACUUGUUCCUGAACUGUCCUCUGAGGACAACCCUGGUGCAGCACCAUGGCCGGUGAGCAUGCUGUGAGGGCAUGUGGCUGGCCUGCCUGCGGACACACUCGGCCGCCGCGGAGCUGCUGCCGGAUGCUCCACCCUCGCCCCGAGGGCUGACGACGCCGUCAGGCCCUGGAAGAGGCCGGGCUUCAGAAGACGGGUUUGCAGUGUCUGCAGAAGGAAAACUUUGGUCCACAGGACCCGAGCAUUUCGGAAGAUGCAGAUCACUGACCGGUAUUUUCCCUCCAGCCUUGGUGUUGGGUUGCUGCUAGCUUCUUGGGAUGGUCUGGGAAUGUGGGGCAGAGAAGGGUUAGUGGCCUGACCCUGCCCCGGAGUCUGCACUUUGGGGUGGGGGUGUGUGUGUGUGUGUGUCCCCCAGCCCAUGGAGGGAAGGCUGGCCAGCACCAGAGGUUGGGAUUUGCUUUUGUAAAAUUGGAACGUUACAGUGAGGGCCUGUCAGAAAUAUAUUUGCAAACUAAACUAUUUAAUAUCAGUGCAGAUGUAAUGAGGUGUUUGUGUUGAUAAUAAAUCCUUUCAUAUGUGCUGACAUCCACGUCUGUCCUUCGUCCAACAGAAACUGGUGGAAGGGGUCUGUGAGUAAUCCAGGGCCACUUUGAAUGUGCCCUUAGUUCACUCUGACCUCAUGCAGGGCGUCUUCAUGAAGCGCUUUCCUUUACUCCCGGUGGGUUUUCCAAGAUCUUAUUAGACAGCGAUUACAUUUGAAACAACCAGUGCAGAGGAGGACUUGUUUGCGUGGCAGGGAGAUGCUGGCACUUCCUGCGGUGAUGCCGUGAGGUUCCCAGGAGGCGAGGCAGUGGCUCACAGACACGUGAGAGCUGGUCCUGUGCCUGCAUGUCUGCAGCGGUGCCCAGUGGGGCCCUGGGCGAGGUAGGUGGGCCGGGGCCUGACCCAGGCCCAGCUGGUGACCGGGCCGUCUGUAAAAAUGAGGGUGUUCUUUCACGCAGGGAUUGAGAGAGGUCAGAGAACGUUCCGUUCCAGGCUGCUUGCUGGAUUCUUGUGCAGUGUUUAGAGAGACUGGAAAUACAAAUGAGACAGCUACUGUAGGGGGUUAAAUUGUUAGUUGCCAUGGAGACAGCUCGACUCACGGAGACCCCACGGACAACAGGACGAAACGUUCCCUGGCCCCGUGCCACCUCUGCGUCCGCUGAUGCAGCUAUCAUGUAGUGCCCGCCUGCCCAGGGGCUCACCUUCCAGCACUCUGUCGGACAGUGUUGUCUUGUGAUCCAUAGGGUUUUCCCUGGCUCGUUUUUGGGAGCAGAUCACAGGCCUUUCUUCCCAAUC